AUGAUGGAUUCACCACUGGAAAAAGCUCGACGAAUAUUCCACAUUGAAAAUCGCACUGUAGUUAAUUGUUUAUCCGAAUUCUAUGGCUCUUUACUAUUACUGUUUCUUGGAAUCAGUAUAGUACAUCAAUUCGAUUUAUCUCAUAAACAGUUGAAUACAUGGAUGCAAAUCAAUCUUGGAUGGGGAUUUACGAUCAUGUUCUGUGUUUAUACCUGUUCAAAGACAUCAGGAGGACAUCUGAAUCCAGCAAUUUCGCUAAUGUUUUAUACUCUUGGAAAAUUGCCUCUCUCACAUUUUUUUUACUAUAGUAUCGUGCAAGUUCUUGGCGCUUUUGUCGGCACAGCAUUUGCGUAUACUGUUUAUCUAGAUCAAACUCAUCAUGUAUUGGGUGAUCUUCGCAUUGUAGCAGGUCCGAAUGGUACAGCUGGAUUGUUCACGUCAAUGCCUGCGCCUCACGUCUCAAAUACGAUCGCAUUUUGGGAUCAAUUUGUUGGUACAGGAUUUUUGGCUCUUUUUGCAUGUGUGAUCACGGACAAACGUCUAGAAAUUCCAUUUGCAAUUCAUCCACUUCUUAUUGGAUUAGUUGUUGCAAUGAUUGGUAUGGCAUUUGGAAUGAAUCUUGGAUAUCCUAUUAAUCCUGCUCGAGACUUUGCUCCACGUCUUUUUGCUGCUAUGAUCGGAUAUGGUUGGGAAGUUUUUAGUUAUCAUAAUUACUAUUUCUGGAUUCCAAUAGUGGCACCGUUCUUUGGCGCAAUUGCUGCAGCUUGGUCAUAUUUCAUCUUCGUUGGCUUUCAAAUUCCAGAUCAACCGCCCAGUUAUAUGAAGGAAAAUAAAACCGAUGGUGAUGGCAUUCCUUUGAAAACUACAGAUCUUGCAUAA